GUAUUGAAACAAGACAGAGAGGAGGAAAAAAGAAAAAGAAGAAGACGAUAAACCUCAUCAAAUCGAGGCCGGUUGUAGCCACCCCGGUGUUCCAAUUUCGUAUUUAAUUAGUUUCGUUUCUGUUUAGCGAUUUCUUCAAAUAUCUUUAGGGUUUUAGGAAUUCAUGCCAUGGAAGAGAUGUUGAGUUCAUCAACAACAAUCAACUCCUCCAAUAUAGGGUUUCAGCUAUUGAAGAAGCAAGGUUGGAAAGAAGGGACUGGCCUUGGGAUCUCUGAACAGGGUAGAUUAGAACCUGUGGAAACUCAUGUGAAGAAUAAUAAGCGCGGUUUGGGAGCAGAUAAAGUGAAGAAAAAGAUAGUGAAACCUGAUCAUGGUGCUGAUUCCUCUAAAGGAGACAAUAAGCAGGAAGAUUUGUCUAAAAAGAAAACCAAAGCACUUUCUAAACGGGUGAGAAAGAUGCAGGAGUUAGAAAAGAAGAUGCAGGAGAAGGAAUUUGAGCGCGCUUUCUUUAGAGAGUUCUGGCCUGACAAUGUAUGAGAAUUGGUGAUGGGUUCAUAUUAUAAUGCAUCACUGGUGAAUUCCGAGUCUGUGCAAGUUGGAUCUCAAAGAUGUUUUCCUCAUGGAAGAUUUCUGCAAAUUGAAGGAAUUUCUGGCACCUUUUUUCAUGUGUAAAUAAUCAACUCUUGUUCUCUUUUCAAUUCUUUUGUACAAUAGAGAAAUAUGCAAAUGCUGUGGGAACGUGAUGAGAGGACAUGUCCCUCCCGGUUUAAAAAAAGAUGUUUUCACAUGUGUUUUCUUUAUAAAGGAAAGUAAUGGGUUCAAUUCUAAGUGACAUAAGUUAGUUAUGGGUUAUAGUGAGAGUCUUAUUUAGAAGGAAUUAUGCUUGAGAAUUGCUGAAAAUGAGGGAAAAUGUGGGGCUACAAAUGUGAGCCAUCUAAAUUAUGUUUGAAUAUUAUAAAAUGAAAUGAAAAUGAAAUAAAAUAAAGUGGAGCAAAAUAGAAUAAAACAAGAUUUCUGUUUUAUUGUUUGAAUAUUUAAUGAUAAAGAAUUAAAAUUUCAUUUUAUAGCUUAGAAAUAGGGGUGAGAAUAGGCUAGGCUAGACUUUAUAAGGCUAGAGUCUGACCUACGAUAAACUUACAAGACCUGAGUCUGUCCUAUGACCUACAAUUUGCUUUUUUUUCCAGCCUGACCUGCUCUUUUUAAAUGCCUGACAUGAAAGUCUAUUUAAAAACCUUUUUCUUGAUGUUUUCAAUUAAUUCAUAUUA